UUCUGGGUGAGGAAGGUAGUCACCAUGCUGCAAGAAAUUGUAUCACAUGUCCAAACAUUUCACAACUACCUUCUGAAGAGAACUGAUGCCAGAGUGAGAGACUAUCUAUUAAUGCAGAGCCCCAUUCAAAUGACCACCAUCCUGUUUGCCUAUAUAAUUUUCUCGGUGUAUGCUGGGCCUCGAAUCAUGGCCAACCGCAAGCCUUUUCGUCUCAACGUGGCCAUGAUCAUCUACAACUUUACCAUGGUUGCACUGAAUGCCUACAUAGUGUAUGAGUUUAUGAUGUCAGGAUGGGCCACCACCUUCUCAUGGAGAUGUGACAUUUGUGACCCCUCAAAUAGCCCACAGGCCCUCAGGAUGAUUCGAGUAGCCUGGAUUUUUUAUUUCUCAAAAUUCAUCGAGCUCCUUGAUACAGUAUUCUUUGUGCUGAGAAAGAAACAAAGCCAGAUCACAUUUCUCCAUGUAUUCCACCACUCCUUCAUGCCCUGGACAUGGUGGUGGGGCAUCACCCUGACCCCUGCAGGGGGAAUGGGCUCAUUCCAUGCCAUGGUGAAUGCAGCGGUCCACGUUAUCAUGUACUUCUACUAUGGACUGUCUGCUGCAGGACCUCGCUUUCACAAAUACUUGUGGUGGAAGAAAUACAUGACUGCUAUCCAACUGACCCAGUUUAUUUUGGUUUCCGCUCACAUCAGUCAGUACUAUUUCAUGGAGAAGUGUGACUACCAGGUGCCCACCUGGAUCCACCUUAUUUGGAUCUAUGGGACCUUCUUCUUCCUCCUCUUCUCCAAUUUCUGGAUACAGGCAUACAUAAAGGGCAACCGGCUUCCAGUCACUGUGGACAAGCCCAAACAGAAUGGCCUAAGUAAUGAAGACAUCACCGUCGUGCCCACAGGCAAGCAGUUGGAGAAUGGGACGACACACCACUACACAAAUGGCAAAGCUCUCUCUGGAAAAGUGAAGAAAGUCUAG